AACUAUAUAGCUAACGUUAUGCGGUGGUAAGCGAGCUACUGCGUGUCAUGUUACAACCUACCUGAAUAACGGUAACUGAUAUCAGACAAUGAACAUCUUGCACGUUUUCGUUUUAACUGAACAGCUAGCAAGUUAGCUGUUCAAGUAGGUUGGGAUGAAUAUUCUGCUAUUACGUAGGUUGCUGGUUAUCUAGACUGUCACUUUAAAUUUCGCGUAGGGCCAAAGAAAGAGGUAUCCCGGAAGUGGAGCUUGUUUGUAGUCUCCGGUAUUUGCAGUUGGGACUCCGCCGGUGAAGUGAAAACGAAAGACACAAGGGAUGUGUUCGGGGAAAGAUGGCUACGGUGGAGCUCGUAUUCUGUCACGACUGUGGCGAUAGUGAGCAGAGUGACAGAACGGUGCUCAUUGUGGGUCAGUUACCUCAUCUGCACUGCCUGGCUUGGAGCGACGUGAGGGACAUCCUACAAUCCCGUGUUGACGAGGAGACUUGGGAAGCUGCCCUUAAAUCUCUAAAGCCAAACCCAACAGACAGAUGUCCCCUUUGGUUAAAGCUGGCAACAGUGGCUGCCCUCCCGUCGAAGAUAAGUCGUCACAAUACACCAUCUUCUGCCCAUACACUCACACGACUGGUCCAAACCUGCCUGCCUGGAAGACGUAAUGGACACAUUGCGGUCGCGUGUGAAAGGACGUCCGUCUUUGCCUCAGCUUGUGCGAUUGCCAGAGCCUUCCCUCUCUUCUCCAGGCAGACCGGAGACGACACGCUCGACAAGGGCCACAGGGUCACCGUCCAGUUCUUUUGUGUGGAACCGAACAUGGAACCGCUCAGUACAGCAACCCUGACGUGCUUAUCCAGAGUUGCAGAGAGCAUCAGGCUGACAGCGCGAAUCGUCGAUUCCCCCUGCAAUGAGAUGGACACAGAGCAGUUCCUUAAGGAGGUGGGGGAGGUGGGUGCAAAGCUGGGAAUUGCUCCAAUCAUCAUUAAGGGGGAGGAGCUGCGCAAGAGAGGAUUCGGAGGUAUCUACGGAGUGGGGAGUGCAGCAGCGAGCCCCCCCGCCCUGGCAGUACUCAGCCACACUCCUCCUACUGCCACGCAGACCAUUGCCUGGGUCGGGAAGGGCAUCGUGUACAAUUCAGGUGGCCUGAUGAUCAAGGGCAGAACUGUGAUGCCUGGGAUGAAGAGAGACUGUGCUGGAGCUGCUGCAGUGCUGGGGGCCUUCAGCGCAGCUGUCAGACAGGGUUUCAAAGAAAAUCUCCAUGCCAUUUUCUGCCUGGCUGAAAAUUCAGUUGGUCCCAAGGCAACAAGACCAGAUGACAUCCUUCGACUGUACUCGGGAAAAACAGUGGAGAUCCGGAACACGGACGCAGAGGGACGCCUUCUUCUGGCGGAUGGGGUCGUGUAUGCCUGCAGAGACCUCAAAGCAGACAUCAUCCUGGACAUGGCCACUCUCACCAGCGCUCAGGGAAUUGCGACAGGCAGGUACCACGCAGGCCUGCUGACCAACCGUGAGGAGUGGGAGAGGGCGUGCGUGGCAGCAGGCCGGAGUAGCGGGGACCUCGUCCAGCCCCUGGUCUUCUCCCCUGAGCUGCACUUCAGUGAGUUCUCAUCCGCUAUGGCUGACAUGAAGAAUUUUGAUCGCAGUAACGCCCUGUGUUCCUGUGGGGGCUUGUUUGUGGGGGCCCAGCUCGGGUUCGAAUGGACAGGGGUGUGGAUUCAUGUGGACAUGGCCUUCCCUGCAUACAGCGGUGAGAGAGCCACAGGCUAUGGAGUGGCCCUGCUGCUGGCUUUGUUUGGAGGGGCCACAGAAGACGCCCUCCUGCAGCUGGUGUCCCCGCUGGGCCCGGAGAUGGAUGCGCACUCAGACGGCCACCCUCCCAGGUGCAACCCAAAACGGAGGAAACUGAUCUAGCCCAUGCUGCAGGGAAGCGUGUUGCAAUGGCCUCAAUAGAAUACAGUUACCUUUAGGAUGCAACAUGCAGAUCAUGGACUUCCUUCAAAUGUGCCUGUUACAAAGGAAUGCUGGGAGUGGAUUGAUAUGGCGUGCCCAGAUACCUCAAUGCGUGUGUUAAUGGUACUUUUAACAAGUGUAUUUUUAUCUCAUUUCAUAUUUUUUGUGUCUAAUUUUUUAUUGAUUAAAUAUUGUUUAAAUGAACUCCUAAACUAAAAAGUUGGGGGACAAAGUCUUAAGCUGUUGAGAUGUUAUGGCAAACUGUAUUUUAUAUAUCAGUUGUCAGCUGUAAAAAGAUGUGAAAAGAUAUCAAAAUGCGAUUGCAACAGUAAAAUUAAUGCAAUA